CAGUGACGUUGCCUCUCCGGUCGAACCUCCGCAGUCAGCUGCGAUGUGAGGUGCGCUCUCGCUCUCUCGCUCUCUCUCGCUCUCUCUCGGCUAAUACAGGGGCGGAAUACAGCAAGGAGGAAAGGGAGGAGAAGAUACUGAGAGCGGACUAUCAUUCGGGAGGAGCAUCAUGGCACCCAUUGGAUUAAAGGCCGUGGUCGGCGAGAAAAUCAUGAAUGAUGUCAUCAAGAAGGUGAAAAAGAAGGGUGAAUGGAAGGCCCUGGUGGUGGACCAGCUCAGCAUGCGCAUGCUCUCCUCCUGUUGUAAAAUGACUGAUAUCAUGACAGAGGGCAUCACAAUCGUUGAAGACAUAAAUAAGCGGAGAGAGCCUCUUCCCACCUUGGAGGCCAUUUACUUGAUCACUCCUACUGAGAAGUCUGUACAGACCCUCAUGACUGACUUCAAAGAUCCACAUUCAUCGAAAUACAAGGGGGCUCAUGUGUUCUUCACUGACUCUUGCCCGGACCCCUUAUUCAAUGAAGUGGUGAAGAGUCGGGCUUCCAAGUUUAUCAAGACCUUGAACGAGAUCAACAUUGCCUUCCUGCCUUAUGAGUCGCAGGUGUAUUCUCUGGACAAUCCUGAUGCCUUUCAGAGUUUCUACAGCCCUCAUAAGACACAGAUGAAGAACCCAGUGAUGGAGAGAUUAGCUGAGCAGUUGGCCACUCUGUGUGCUACGCUCAAGGAGUACCCCGCUGUGCGAUACCGAGGGGAGUACAAAGACAAUGCCACCCUGGCUCAGUUAGUGCAGGACAAACUGGACGCCUACAAGGCAGAUGACCCCACAAUGGGAGAGGGUCCAGACAAGGCCCGCUCUCAGCUCAUCAUCCUGGACCGGGCUUUCGACCCAGUCUCGCCCGUCCUGCAUGAGCUCACCUUCCAGGCCAUGGGAUACGACCUGCUCCCCAUCGAGAACGAUGUCUACAAGUACGAGACGAGCGGAAUGGGAGAUUCCAGGGAGAAGGAGGUGCUGCUGCACGAGGACGAUGACCUGUGGGUGUCCUUGCGACACAAGCACAUCGCCGAGGUGUCCCAGGAGGUGACAAAAUCCCUGAAGGAGUUCUCUGCCAGCAAACGAAUGAACACUGGGGAGAAGACCACUAUGAGGGACCUCUCUCAGAUGUUGAAAAAGAUGCCACAGUAUCAGAAGGAGCUUAGCAAGUACUCCACUCACCUGCAGCUGGCUGAGGACUGCAUGAAGCACUACCAGGGCACUGUGGACAAGCUGUGCCGUGUUGAGCAGGACCUGGCUAUGGGAACAGAUGCCGAGGGAGAGAAGAUCAAAGACCCCAUGAGGGCUAUCGUGCCCAUCCUGUUGGAUGCCAACGUCAGCACUUAUGACAAGAUCCGUAUCAUCCUGCUCUACAUUUUCCUGAAGAACGGAAUCACGGAGGAGAACCUGAACAAGCUGAUCCAGCAUGCACAGAUCCCGCCCGAGGACAGCGAGAUUAUCACAAACAUGGCUCACCUGGGCGUACCCAUCAUCACAGAUUCCACCUUGCGCCGAGGGAAGAAGAUGGACCGCAAGGAGCGGGUCAGUGAGCAGACCUACCAGCUCUCCCGCUGGACUCCGCUGAUCAAGGACAUCAUGGAGGAUGCCAUUGAUGACAAGCUGGACACUAAGCACUACCCUUACAUUUCAACUCGUUCUUCUUCCUCAUUCAGCACUUCAGCAGUCAGUGCCCGGUAUGGCCACUGGCACAAGAAUAAGACCCCUGGAGAGUACCGCACUGGGCCCCGUGUCAUCGUCUUCAUCAUUGGAGGCGUGUCCUUCAGCGAGAUGCGCUGCGCCUAUGAGGUCACACAAGCAAAUGGCAAAUGGGAGGCCAUCAUUGGCUCCACCCAUAUCUUCACUCCUACCGUGCUCCUCGAUGCACUCAAGGCCAUGAACAAACCAGAUGAGGAUCAGACAAGCUAAAACCAGACCUGCCCCAUCACCCAACAGACACCCCUGCUCCUAUAUAACUGUGUAUGCAUCUUGCUCGAAAGAAAAAAGCUAAAAAUGAAACAAUGGCAACAUUGACAAAAAAAGUUAUAUAUAUAAAUAUAUAUAGUAUGUUGAAAAAAAAUCAUUGUAAGUAUUCUCAUGUUUUACAAUGGAUGCAAAUGAAUAAACUGUCAAAAAUAAGGUUUAAAUAUCAAAGGCAAUUUAAAACUGAAAGUACCAAAUGUAAUAUUGUAUGCUAUGAAACCUGCUAGAAUGUGUAAAUGGUAAAGACUUACUUUGUUUGACUCCUUAGUUGCUUGGUGUGAUUUCCAGUGACUGUGGGUGAGGGAGGGACUGUAUGUAUAAGAGAGUCAGUGAAGAAAUUAACUAUAUCAUUUCUCAUGCUACAUGCUGAACUGCUGUCUUUCUGAGCUCUGGUUUUAGACUCCUGGAUGUAUACUGUUAGAUGUGCAUGCUAUGGAAUCUAUUUUGUGGCUGCAAUGGUCUAAGACAGAGAGUGCCCCUAGCUGGUGUAAAUGUGGUUUUGACAGUUACUGGGAAGCGAAUGGGACAUCUGUGACAGAGAAGGAAACCAAAGCAGUCAUUUGUCACGGAAUCAUCCGGCAAAGUGCGAGAGACACUGUACAUAGUAAGCGAAUGCGGAUACCAUCUCUCCUCCAGCCACAGAUCUGCCUGAAUUUACUUGCCACAACCUUUCGUUUUAUUCCUCUGCAGAUCUCACAUUUUAGUGUCAAAAAGGCCAUUGCUUGCAAAUGUUUGAAGAAUAUUUAAAAAAAAAAGGGCCAGCUGUAUUUCAGUAUUGUAUCCUGUCAGAUUAAGUCUUCUCAUUGGUUAGUAAACAAUGUUUCACUUGGCCAUGCACUGAGUAAUGUGUUGUAUAUGCCAUAUGUUGAUGUUUUAACGUCUCACUGUUGGUUGGUGAUAUUUCUGACUGUGAAGUAGUAAAACAUUUCCUUUGAAAAUGCCAAUGUGAAGCCAAUGUGUUUGUGAUGUUUUAGCUGUAGUUGUAGUAGUAAACCGGAAAAAUAGCAACUAUAUAUUUGGUUUGUCUGUUAGUUUAUCUUCUGGUGCAAUGUUAAAUCUUCCACUGAUGAAUGGCUUUGCAAAAAAACAAAAAACAAAACAAAACCCAUAAACCCGUUUAUAACAAUUUCUUUCUGUUUAUUUCUCUAUAUUCCUAUUGUAUUCCUCUGUUCUGGCAACAGUUUGUAUAUUAUGCAUUACUGCUCAUUUUCUGUGAUGCAAUUCUUGUUUUUUGCUCAGUUCUUCUUUUUUGAGUUUGCUGUUGUAAAGCACUGUGUCUUCUAGAUUUAUAUCAAAUUUAUUUAUCAGAGAAAAUAUUAAUGAUAAGUUAGUCUAUCCUUAAACUGUUCAACUUGCUGAGAUUCCAUGUUUGCGAGCGUUGAAGCACAAAAGUAUACUUGAUGUGUACCAAUGUACUAAGGCUGUCUUAAUAAAUUGGCUUCCAUUACA